AUGAAAGAAAUUCUUUAUUUAAGUAAUUAUUUGCGUAAAUGACUAAUUUAUUGUAAUAUUAUUUGUGAUAUGUCUAGCAUUGCUUUGAAAUUACCGAUCUUUUCAGUUCUAGAAGACUUUAUCAUGCUACUAGGGAGGAACAAGAGGUGGCCGACUAAGUCAAACCAUGGGAGCAGGCCAAAUUCACAUAUUGUUAGGCAGCUGAAGAAAAAAGCUUAUCAUACAAGGCAGUCUGAUCCAAAGUCCACUGCAUAA